AUGACGUAUCAAAAUACACUUCCAAAUCGUGUACCUGAUUCUUUUUCAAGACAACGAACACUUAGACAUGUGUUCGAGCUUCAACGAAUGGCCAAAACCAGCAGCCACGUCUCUGAAAAAGAAAAGGGUACAUUUUUGUACAGUACAUUUGAUGCCCUGUUUUCUGCGGACACUCGUCGAGCAGAUAUUCAGACGCGAUUAUUCACCAAAAAACCAUAUACAAGAUAUAUGAUCAAUGCACUCGUGAAUAUUUCAUUGACACUUUAUUUUGAGGGAAGCAUGCUACUGACAGCCCCAAUAAGCUUCUUGUGCGUCAUGACCAUCUUCCCUGGGCUGAUUGUGUUCUUACUCCUGAUUGGGGUUUGCCUAAAGAUAUUUAUGGAAAAUAUGGGAGGAAAAGAACUAGGCCGUACCAUGAGCGAACGAUACGGAAAAGGCUCGGUUAGUUAUCUUUUAUCAAAAGAAACGGCGGAUACUGUACUUGCAACACUUCCUAUUCUUGGGAAACCUGCAGAGCCCCUGUCCGCGGCUAGCUCCCGUCACAGAACCUUUGACAUGGCGAUUGCAGAAACGGCUGCUGCUUUAUCUGCAUUGAUAUACGAACGCAACUCUGACAAGAUCCAGGAAGCAUUUGAAGUCUGCAAGAAAGCUCUGGAAGCUAAUGAAGUGAUAGACCCAACAGAUGAUAUUGUUACCCCCACAGAAAAGAAGAUGAAGCAACUGUUGUGGGAAUCUGAGGUGGGCGUACGCUCUGUUGCUGAGAAAUGGGGACUUUCUUUUACAGGGAUAUCUGAACUCAAGUCGGUUGGAGGACCAUUUUGCGGAAUGUUCUGGUCGGAUACAGAGCCGUUUAUUGUGAUUGCUUUCAAAGGAACGACCGUGACAAACUACCGCGAGUUUCUGGUUGAUGCCACACUUCAACGAACCGAUGCCCGUCCGUUCAUCUUUGGGUCAACUCACCAAGGGUUCUACGAGUCUGUGUUUCCUACGUCUGGAUCAGAGGAUCAAGGCGAUCCAUAUAGUGCAAUACUGGCAGCCAUUCACAGCAAGGCUAAAACACUACAGCAAAAUCUACAAAUAACAACACCAAUUCAAGUUUGGAUCACUGGCCACUCUCUGGGGGCUGCUAUGAGUUCACUCCUGUUUGCGCGUUUCUUAAAAUGUCCUGAGGAUCUACCUGCUACAUUGUGUACUCUUAGAGACUGUUAUGUGAUUGGCGCACCUGCAGUUGGUGAUAGCGAGUUUGCUUCAAACUUUGCCUCUUUUUCAAACAACCCCGUCUCACGUAGUUCAACUUUGUGGCGUAUCAUUAACCAAACUGAUAUUGUGUGCCGUCUUCCUCCAGGAUACAACAGCCGUACUAUUGGUCACUUUUCUUCUAAAUCGGAUUUUUUUAAUUAUUGCCAUGUUGGUAUUGGUAUCAAACUUGAAUCCGAAGACUCAAAAACCCCAGUGUCGAUACACCCCUCGAGCUACCAGCCGGCUAUGCAGGUUACAAUCGAUACAAAGAACUGCCUUCCAUUACCAGGUUUACCCCGAGAAUGCCAAUCAGUCAACACUACUGAGCCUGUGCUUGAUCCAUUCGAUGGUCUUCCACCGUGGAUGAUGACCAUAUUAGAAUACCCAUACAUCAAAAAGAUGUUGAUUUCUUGGUUGGCGAAAUAUGAUCACAACCCUCUUCGGGCGGUCGAAUCUCUCUAUCCUGUCUUCUUAAAAGAUCAUAUCCCAUACCAUUACCACGAGGGUUUAGAGAGAGCAAAAGCCUAUUAUACCACCAAAGUUUAA